UAUAUUGAAUACUAUUUUUUUUUCUUUUUCUAAGCCCCUAAAAAUAUGAAAUUCCACUACGCCAGAAACAUCCAGCAACGAAUCAUCAACCUUACUCAAAACCAAACCAACAUUGCAAAAGGUAGCAAAUUUAUCACUGAAUGCAACGUUAAGAUUUCAGAAAAUGGACGAAACGGUAACGUUAAUGCAGCAGAAACAAUCUUCAAUAGAAUGUCCCAAAAGAAUAUUGUCACUUGGACAGCCAUGCUCACUGUCUAUGCUCAAAAUGGUCAAAUCACAACUGCCCGCAAACUGUUCGAUGAAAUGCCUGAACGAACAACCGCUACUUAUAAUGCCAUGAUCUCCGGUUAUAUCCGUAAUGGUUGUAAUGUUACUAAAGCUUACGAGCUUUUUACCUCAUUUCAUGACCGAAAUGAGGUGUCAUAUGCUGCUAUGAUCAUGGGAUUAGUUAAGGCAAGGAAGUUUGAUUUGGCUGAGAAACUUUACCGUGAAGCUCCACAUGAGUUUCGUGACCCGGUUUGUUCAAAUGCUUUGAUAAAUGGGUAUUUGAAAAUAGGCGAAAUGAAUGAAGCUUUGAGGGUUUUUGAGAAUGUGGGUGUGAGUAAGAGGGAUGUGGUUUCGUGGAGUGCUGUGGUUGGUGGUUUGUGUAGAGAUGGCAGGAUUGAUAAUGCUAGGAUGCUGUUUGAUAGAAUGCCGGAGAGAAAUGUGGUUUCUUGGAGUGCGAUGAUUGAUGGGUAUAUGGAGAAAGGUUUAUUUGAAAAUGGGUUUGGUUUGUUUUUAGAUAUGAGGAGGGAAGGUGUUGUGGAGGUUAAUUCGACUACUAUGACUAUUAUGAUUAAAGGGUGUGGAAAUUGUGGUCGGGUGAAAGAAGGAAUUCAGAUUCAUGGAUUGGUUUCAAGGUUGGGAUUUGAGUUUGGUAGUGUUUUAAGUAAUACCAUUAUUACUAUGUAUUCGUUAUUUGGGUAUACUGACAUGGCAAAGAAAGUGUUUUCUGGUAUGGGUAAUAAAGAUUUAGUUACUUGGAAUUCUUUGAUUUCUGGAUAUAUUUAUAACAAUGAAGUGGAUGCGGCUUAUGAAGUUUUUGAAAGGAUGCCGGAGAAGGAUUUGAUUUCUUGGACGGCCAUGAUCAGGGGGUUUGCAACGGAUGGAAGAAUUGGAAAAGCCGUUGAACUGUUUGAUACGUUGAAAGAGAAAGAUGAUUUUGUUUGGACAGUUCUUAUAUCUGGUUUUGUGAGUAAUGAGGAGUAUGAGGAAGCUUUGCAUUGGUUUGUUCGGAUGAGCAGGGAACAAUGCAGGCCUAAUCCUUUAACUAUUAGCAGUGUUCUUUCCGCUUCGGCUUCUCUGGUGGCACUGAAUGAAGGGCUUCAGAUUCAUUCACAUGUUCUGAAGAUGAACCUGGAAUAUGAUCUUUCAAUACAAAAUUCACUUAUAUCAUUCUAUGCCAAAUGUGGAAACGUAACCGAUGCUUACAAGAUCUUCGUAGACGUUGUUGAACCGAAUGUUGUCUCUUAUAACUCAGUCAUCAAUGGUUUCGCACAAAAUGGCUUUGGUGAAGAAGCUCUCAGUAUGUAUAAAAGAAUGCAGAAUGAAAGCCUUGAACCCAACCGUGUUACUUUCCUUGCUGUUCUUUCAGCCUGUACUCAUGCAGGACUGAUUGAAGAGGGAUGGAAUUUAUUUAAUACAAUGAAAUCUCGUUACGGAAUUGAGCCAGAAGCUGAUCAUUACGCAUGCAUGGUUGAUCUACUCGGCCGUGCUGGUUUGCUUGAUGAAGCUAUUCAUUUUGUCCGUUCAAUGCCAUUAGAGCCGCAUUCUGGUGUUUGGGGAGCUCUUCUUGCUGCAAGCUGUGCUCACCAACGAAUUGACCUUGCCAAGCUUGCAGCUCAACAUAUUACCGAGCUUGAGCCUGCAAAUGCGACUCCUUAUGUGGUAUUAUCCAACACGUAUUCUGCUUCUGGACAAAAGUUUGAAGGCGACUUAGUAAGGAAGACCAAAAAUUUAAAAGGAAUUAAAAAAAGUCCAGGUUGUAGUUGGAUUACUAUUAAAGAUAAGGUUCAUCUGUUUCUCGCAGGGGAUCAAUCACACGUGAAUAUUGAAGAGAUAAAAGGCAUAAUAUUGACUAUAGAUAAAGGGAUGCAGUGGUUGUAUUAUUGUGAACACUGAAUUGAAGUCUCAUGGUGUUCUUUUUUACCCACAGUAUUUAUUAGUACUAACCCUGUUCCCUUUGUAAAAGAUAGUCCAUGAAAAUACUGCUAACAUACCGUAAUAGGCUUCAAUUAAUAGAAGUUGAGGAGAAGAUACUAGAUAGAUCCUCAGCUGUUGGGCCUCUGAUGCCAUUGCCAUAUGAAAAAUAGAUCAGUUUACCCAAAAGAGUUGUAAUGAAUCCCACGUGAUGUAUAAGAUCCAGUUGCAGCCAAGGAAACAUCCAAGAAGCAAGAGCAUUGACCAGAGGCUUACAUCACAUGUGGGUCUUGCCUAAUAAAACAAAGAAGUGGAAAGAAGAGGAGUGCUUUAUAUUAAGUUAAAGAGAGUUUACAAGAAUAUAUGAAUCUGAG